AUGAAUCGAUCAUAUAAGAAACAGUCGUCGUCAUCAUCAUUUGACAAAUUUGUUGCAUAUCUUCAACGUACAAUUUCUUCGUCGAUAAAUAACAAAUCAUCAACUUUUAUUAUACACCAACAACGGGCAACCCGUACUGGUUUCAAUACAGUAACAAGUCGUUUUCAAUUAUCUGAUAUACUUUACAAACCAUCACGAUCAAUUGAAUAUCUUAGUGAAAUUAAAGAGAAAGGUGAUUCUUAUUCAUAUUCUAGCUGUGAUUCGAUAUCUAGUACGCAUCAUGCAGAUGAUUUUAAUCUAUCACAAAUGAAUAUCAGCAUGAAUUACAGCCAUGAUGAUUGUGCACCACAGAAAUGUGUCAAACUACCCGAUUCUAUCACAGUUAAACGUUUGCACUCAACAGCCAUUCAUAAUAUCAGUCAUUGA